CAGUGAAGUGAUGCGCGGAGCUGUACUCUGUCCUCGGCGGAAGAACACUGGUGUGACGAGUGCUGGAGGCGCUUGGCCAUGCGAUGCCGAUGGUGGCGCUGUCGGGUCGUGGUGUGGGCCACGGGGGAGGGGGACUAUCCCCAGCAAAGACUCGCACGGCUGCUGUAAUGUCGUGGUAGCACACGUUUGCUGUGGCACGAGGGAACACAAUUCGUGUUUGUCAAAUGCAGUGGAAGUACAAAGUAUUUGCUUUACUGUGGAAAUGUUUUUCUGCGCCUAGGUAGAGUUCUCCCCUCCCCCUCACUACAGACUGUGGAGGAUCCGGGGAAUUUUUCCUCUCAAGAACUUGCACACGUUUGUGUAAUGUCGCCAACACAGCAAAUGUUCUCAUAAAAGAAUGAAUCGAUGGAUUUAUAAUGGAUCGGGAGGAAGUGUGGUUAUUUGGUAAGCUCGUUACUAUGGUGACUAUAGCAAGUACUUGAUGACCAUCAGCGGAGACUACACCAAAGUUACCAUAGUCGCAAUGCUGACCGAGAAGUUGGCUUGAACACGGUCUGUGAUUCUUGUCGGAACAUAAGACAUGGCGGUGAGCGUGUAUCCACCAGGAUAUUCUGCAACGGCUGACGAUGUGGCUCGAUUGCACAGCGACCUUUUCUCCACCUACAAACGGGUAAUUCCACCCGUUUUCAACCAGACGCAUGCUGUUAAAGUUCGACUGUCUCUCUUUCUUCUUAUGAUUCAUGACUUGGACAUGAAGAAUCAAGUUUUAACAACCAGCGGUUGGGUUAAUAUGCAAUGGGACGACGAGUUUCUGACCUGGGAUCCAUCCAAGUAUGGCGGAGUGGAAGAGAUCACCGUGGCGCAGAAAUCCGUGUGGCUUCCAGACCUGUUGGUGGAAAACACAGCCCAAAAUUUUGCGGAGCUGGGCAGCGACUCCAUGUUAGUCAGCAUCGCUCACACGGGUCACAUGUCCUGGGAGCCGGGUAUUCUGACCAAGACUAUCUGCGAGGUCAACAUCGGCAAGUACCCGUUCGACUUUCAAAGCUGCGAGAUCAAGUUCCUCACCUGGAUGCACACCAACAAGACGCUGGACGUGCAGCCGGGCUCUGACUCCGUGGGACUCGACGCCUGCAUCCCCAACGGCGAGUGGGACAUCACUCAGGCUGUGGCAGAGCCCUACUUCUACCCCUCCACCUAUAGACCAGGCACUGCUCACACUGGGGUGACGUUCCGCAUCCGCCUGCACCGGAAGCGUACGUUCUACGUCCUCAACACCAUCAUCCCGGUGGUGAUGCUGUCGCUCCUCAAUGUCCUCGUCUUCCUGCUGCCGGCGUCGUCGGGAGAAAAGAUGGCGCUGGCGGUCACAGUUCUUCUGUCCUUCACCGUGUACCUCAGCAUCAUCAGCGAAGUCAUGCCCAAGACCUCCGAGAGCAUAUCGAUACUGGCCGUGUACCUGACCCUGCUGCUGUCGCUGAGCACGCUGUCGGUGUUGUCGUCAGGGGUAGUGAUGAACAUGAUCCACCAGGAGGCGGACCGGCCUGUCCCCACCUACCUCAAGUGCCUGCUGUGUUGUCGUCGCCGUCAGAUACGCGAUCGCCUACGACUGCAGCUACGUCGCCGGCACAUCGACAACGACCAAUCUUUCCACAACGGCGACCUCAUCCUCCUUCGCAAGCGCGCGCCCCCUGACGGCAACGUCAGCGACGGAACACUCUUCUCCGAGGGCGGCAACAGCCACCGAAGCGGAUGCAGUCAGCCCAGCAACGAGGCUGGCGUGGCAGUCCCCGGAAGUGGGCGGCUGGGUGCUACCGGAAGUGAAAAGGAACAACACAUGCGCGCGGAGUUAACGCCAUUGUUUGACGAUGUGCUUCCGCGGGACGACUUCGUCUUCGACGACUGGGCUUACGUCACCUGGCUGGACGUCGGCAGCGCCAUCGACAACCUUCUGUUCUGGGUGUUCCUCUUCAUCACCGUAGCUUCUACUGUCACAGUCCUCCUCUUGUUUUCCUACUGAACCCUGACCUCUGGAUUGAAAAGGUUUUCUCGUUGACUGCCUAAACAAACGCAUUUAUAAAGAUGAUGUUCUUUGAUGGGAGUAUUCGGUACAGAAACGACUAAACGGUCGGAUGACUCGUGAUCAAGGUCUGCCAUCGCAGUGGUCAUCGAAUUUGUGAGAGGAUAAAAUUCAUUUCUUCCCUGUGUAUGUGUGUGCGCAUGUCUUUGAUGGCAUGUGCUUGCGUCCCUUGGAGGGAUGUAAGAACCCUCUUCGAUAGUCUGCUGUGCUGGUCCGUUAGUCAUUGUUGUGGCCUCCAUUGUCAGACAGCAGGGGAAUGUUUUAGUUCUUCUAACCACUCCAUAAUGCGUUUUAGCAAAAAAAAAAUUACAGCUUUAACUGCAGGAGACCAGUGCUUUAUUCUGCCAGCUAAGAUAAUUAUCUUUUGCGGUGCUUGCAGUAGCAGAUCAUAAAACAGUUUUGUUUAAAACUGCGAGGAAUGGUUGUGGGGGUCUGCUAAAGAAAGCAGAAAAUCAUACCUGGUGAAAGUAAAAUGAAAAUAUUUUAUCACUUUUUCACUGUCCUUGACCUCCCUAACUGUGGUCGUGUGAGUUAUUUGUCUCGAGGAGCUUGGACCUACACAACUGUCAGAGACCUUAAAAACAAGUUUGCGGAGAAUUCCAGAAAAGGAAGUGCUGGGUGAAUGAACUCCCAAGAAAUGUUAGUGGGAGAGUUCAAACAAACUGCACAGAAAGCUCAGCCUCACAAGCAGUUUGUGAAGUCUUCACAAGAAGUCGCAAGGACUCCAGUCUCAUCCUACCCCUUGUACUAUCGCGGACUUCAUUUGUUCAUCAUGUUCUGCGUUGAAAAUUUUAAAAAUACUCUGACUGCUUGAUCCUCACCGACAUGAACAUCCAUUCAAGCAGCCUCAUUAGUACUUUCUCUAUCCCUGUUCUUAGCAUUGAAACUGUUUCUUGUUGCUUAGAGACACUAACUUCGUGAAGUGAACCAUCAUCUUCAUCAUCUUUCGUUACUUUCAUCUGCCUUCACCUCCCUUCUCUGUUACACUUACAGCUUUUCCAUUAAUUAUUUAAUCAGAAACAUUUUGCAUAUUCAUUAUCACGAACAGAAGAAAAUAAUUUCAAUAUUUUAUUUUACUUGAAUACUAAUUUAACAUUUUUUUUUUAUCUGGGAUGAUUGAGUCAUCAUUAUUUUUUUUCCUCGAUUUGUUCAGAAAAUUCUCAAGGUUGCUAAUGGCAUCCCUGCUUCAGACAGAUUGCGCUCUGUGCUCCCGAUUACGAUGGGCACUGGUGUGGAAAACUCUAAUUAUUAUGUGCUUUUGCCCUGCAUGUCCUCUGAAGAUGUUUUCCACCAGUUCUUUUAUUUCUUCAUCCAUCAUCUCACCCCGGCUUGUCUCCCUUCUGCUACUUUUUCGCCCGCCUUCCCUCGCAGCAGAUUUCCAUGCGAAUGUUCUAGAAGGAAUGUCAAGAACACAAGUCUGAAUCUUUUUGUAUAUGUAAAUAAUUUACCGAUGUAGUACGUAAUAAAAAGAAUUCUGAUUUAGUGGAAUAGUA